AUGCUACUGCCGAAGUCUCAAUGUGCUGCGCAAUUGGCCGAGCGAAGGAUCCUGAUAGCUGUCUUCCAGGCGGCCUUUGCAAAAGUGAAGAUGAUGAAAUUAUCUGGCGCGAGAGUUGCACAGACCAGACCUGGAAGUCACCGGAGUGUAUCAAGCUCUUCGUGGACGGUAGAAGUCAGUUGUCCCAUCCCCGCAUUAUACAUUCGUGUGCGAAACCGACUGACACCUAUCGCUACAGACUCUUCCAGAGAUGUUCAGGUCUCCCCGUGUGAUAAUGGUAGCUGGUGUUUUGGUUCUGGAUAUGAUGGAAGGGAGUGUUGUCAACAGGGACGGGGGCUCUUCAUUGCGAACGGCGAAGCUAUCAGCAUCAAUACCAAUGCUACAACACCUCAAACAGGAGUCAACAUAUCCAUGCCGGAUGCAUCCACCAAUGUACCUACCAGCCAAUCAAUAUCUAUUGCUGCCAAGGCCGGCAUUGGGAUUGGAGUGGGACUUGCUGUAGCUGCUAUCAUAUCUGUGGCAGUUAUUCUUGCGCUGCGAAAACGCCGAAAAGACAUUGAAGAAAGGAGAACAGAAGAGGAGAAAGAAAUGUCUUUUCAGGAGGAUUCUCAGUAUGACGAAUCUUUGGCACGACCAAGUACAGCAAUGUACUCGACUAGUGACUUCCCGGCAGAAUCUGUGGAGCUUGAUUCGCGCUCCUUGAACGCUACGAAUAGGCAUUCUUACCUGUCCUACCGCGCGCCCGGUCUUCAGGAUGGGCCAGCAGAACUUUCUACUAUAAGGGAAAACGCAACAUACGAAAAUUCUCGGUCUACUUAG